GCCCAUCACUACUGAUCUGUCAGCGGUAUCCAGGAAGUGACGAAAGCCGCGUCCUUAGAGCAACAAGAUGGCGUCUAAAGGGAGAAGACGCGGGGUUCUGUCCUCUACUCCCCUGGAAGUUCUGCUCUUCCUCAAUGGAUGGUACUGUGCCUCCUACUUCUUGAUUGAAGUCCUCAUAUUUAUAUAUAAAGGACUUAUUUUACCUUACCCCACCUCUAACCUCAUACUGGAAGUGGUGAUUCUUGUUCUCUACCUUGGAAUUGAAGUUACAAGAUUGUUCCUUGGAUGUCGUGGGAACCAGUGUGAGCGGAAGCUCCCCCUUGUGGUCAGUGUGGGUCUAACCAUUCCAGCAGGAUUGCUUGCGCUGUAUUUCCUGUUUCUUCAGACUUACGCGCUGCGGCUGGAGACCGUGCUGAGCUGUAUUCUUCUGCUCUUCUAUGCUUUAGAAGUCAUACUCAGUUGUGCUGCACUCAUAACAUUCUGCAGGGAGCCAUCAUAUUGAGUAUUACAAGACCUACACCAGGAUGACUCUUCUGGACUCCUGAAUGUCCAUCUCUGUUUGCUGUGCAAAUCACUGAAGCCUCGGGCUUCCAUCUAGGCCGCCAUUCAGUGUUAAGUGUUUCCUCACUACUGAAAAAGACUUUAGCUUGACGUAAUCACUGAAUGCAGCCUGUUUAUUGAGGAGGUUGUUGUAUGUUUGUGCGUUUUGAAUAUGUGAUUAUUCCGUUGUGAGAUUUGAAAUAAAUUUUUUUUUUUAGAA